AUGUCAAGCUCCUCGGGACUUCAGACGGCAGAAGAAGGAAAAAGCCGGAGCCCUCACGCAGCGAAAACAUUGAAGAACAACAGUUACAUGGAUGAUAUACUGGACUCCGUUCACACUGUACAAGAGGCUCAAGAGCUGACGACCGGAAUUGACAUUGUACUAGAGAAAGGUGGUUUUAAAGUUAAAGAAUGGCAGUCAAACAAGGAUCUGAGUAAUAACUGCGACCGACAAGAUGGAGAAAUCAAUGUUCUCACUGGUUCAGUUGAAGACAAAGUACUAGGCGUUGUCUCGAACAUUGCUGAAGACUCAUUCAAGUUCAAAGUGAAGAAUGAAGCCAUUCGAAAUUCUGAACUCAACCAAGCUGACAAAGAGAAGUAUCCUCAGUCAAGUAGCGCGAAUUUUUGA